ACAUGCAGCAACAGCUAAAAAACAAUUACAGACAUGAAGCAUAACCUCCAUUCUCAGCUUCUGUCCCUUUUACUUUUGUUAGGAUUUUUCUGCCUAAAAACCAUCCAACUAGUCUCGUGCCAUGGUGAUCUUCAAGUGAAUUGCAUAAAAAAUGAGAGGGAGGCACUUUUGAAGUUUAAAGAAAGCCUGACAGAUCCAUCAGGAAGACUUUCCUCUUGGUUUGGAGAAGACUGCUGCAAAUGGAAGGGGGUGCAGUGUGACAAAAAGACCAGGCAUAUCGUGGAGCUCAAGCUACGCAAUCCACGACCAGGACAAACAAUACUUGAAUUCUUUGGUUCACUAGAGAAGUUAAGGUACCUUAAUCUCUCUGGUGCUGCGUUUGGAGGGUAUGUCCCACCAAAUCUGGGUAAUCUUUCAAACUUGCACUAUCUUCAUCUUAACACAAAUUUUUAUGCAUCACAAGAAGGUGACUUGAAAUGGAUGACCAAUCUUUCCUCUCUGCAAUACCUUAAUUUGGGAGGUGUGAACCUCAGCAGUACUGCAGACAAUUGGCUACAAGUCGUUACCACGAUGCCUUCCCUUUCUGAGCUGCAUCUCCCUUCUUGUGGACUCUCCGAACUGCACCAAACCCCCUCUUCUGUUAACUUCUCUUCACUCCGGAUUCUUGAUCUCUCCAAUAAUGGCUUCAACUCCUCGCUACUUGAUUGGUUGUUUGAGCUCCAAAAGCUUGAAUACCUUGAUCUCAACUCUAACAAUCUUGGAGGCAAUUUCUCAGCAACAUUUUCUAACAUGACGUCCCUCCAGAUGCUUGAUUUGUCCGGGCAUUCAUUUAUUCCAGGUCAGAUACCAAUAUCGUUAGGGUAUCUUUGCAAUCUAAAAACGUUGGUCUUGUCUACUAACAACCUCAUUGGUGAGGUAACCGACUUCUUUGAUGUUCUUUCUAUGUGCGGCAACAGUAGCUUAGAGACACUAGAUUUGGGGCAUAAUCAACUAGGCGGUUUCCUUCCCAACUCACUUGGACACUCCAAAAAACUGAAGCAUCUUCAACUAUUGGAGAAUUCCUUUGUGGGUUCAAUUCCGGAUUCAAUUGGGAACCUGUCAUCAUUGGAGGAAUUCUACCUGAAUAACAACAAGAUGAACGGACCUAUCCCGGAGAGUCUACGAAAAUUAUCAGAACUAGUUGCACUAGAUAUCUCAGAAAAUUCAUGGACCGGUGUUGUUUCAGAAGCUCAUUUCUUCAAUCUCACCAGCUUGAAAGACAUGGUAAUUGCCAAGUUCUCCUUGUCUCCAGACCUCACCCUGUUCUUCAAUGUGAGUCGUGGUUGGAUUGCUCCUUUCAAGCUUGAAUUCCUCAAGCUGAGAUCAUGCCAGGUUGGCCCCAAGUUUCCUGGAUGGCUCAGAAACCAAGAUCAGCUAAGUACUGUUGUUCUUCGGAACACAAAAAUUUCAGAUACAAUACCUGAAUGGUUCUGGGAAUUGGGUUUGUCCCUGGAUGAACUUGAUCUUGGUUAUAACCAAAUAAGUGGGAGAAUUCCAAACUCACGGAAGUUUCGUCCUCAAUCAACAGUUUACCUCAGCUGGAAUUGCUUUAGGGUCCUCUGCCGCUGUGGUCUGCAAAUUUAAGUGAACUGCACUUGAGCAACAACUCAUUUUUUGGGCCCAUCCCUCCAGACAUUGGUGAAAAGAUGUCACUGUUGACGGACAUAGAUAUCUCCUAC